AUGCAAUACAAGAACAGCGGGUACCAGAACAGCUUCAUACAGGAAAAUGCAAUACAAGAACAGCGGGUACCAGAACAGCUUCAUAUAGGAACAUGCAAUACAAGAACAGCGGGUACCAGAACAGCUUCAUACAGGAACAUGCAAUACAACUGCGAACAUGGAACCUACGGCCAGGAUUGUGACUUGAAAUGCAGCGUCAAAUGUGAGAAUCAGACCUGUCACAGCAUCACAGGCAGGUGUUUGAGUUGUCCCCCUGGAUGGCGGGGAGACUACUGUGAGCAGGAAUGCGAAAAAGGAACCUACGGCCAGGAAUGUGCCUUCAGUUGCAGCGUCAAAUGUGAGAAUCAGACCUGUGACAGCAUCACAGGCCGGUGUUUAUGUUGUCCGCCUGGAUGGCGGGGAGACUGCUGUGAGCAGGACUGCGAACAUGGAACCUACGGCCAGGAAUGUGCCUUCAACUGCAGCGUCAAAUGUGAGAAUCAGACCUGUGACAGCAUCACAGGCCGGUGUUUGAGUUGUCCCCCUGGAUGGCGGGGAGACUACUGUGAGCAGGACUGCGAACAUGGAACCUACGGCAAGGAAUGUGCCUUCAACUGCAGCGUCAAAUGUGAGAAUCAGACCUGUGACAGCAUCACAGGCCGGUGUUUGAGAUGUCCCCCUGGAUGGCGGGGAGACUACUGUGAGCAGGAGUGUAUCGACACAAUUUUCGGGCCCAACUGCAAACAACAAUGCGACCCUGAUUGUGUGCCCGAGUCUACUGAGAUCAAACGCCUGUGUGACGCCAUCUGCGGAGAUAGUGUUUUAAGAAGCAAGAUUCUAGCUGACCCAAAUGCCGAGGAAAACAAGGAUGAUACAUAUAUACUGUAUUUACUGAUUGUGCUGCCCGCAUUACUUAUUGCAAUCCUGGUCAUCUUUAUAUUCAUACGCAGUAUUUAUAUCCCACAGUCUAUACCAACUGUGUAUGAUGGUGAAAAAGUUGAGAAAAAGUACACGGCUGGUACCUAUGACCAUGCAUGCAUCAACGUCACACCGUGGCCCGAGAAAAAGCCUGUCAAUUUGCUCAGCCUCUCAUUUCUGGCGAAUGAAUACAACUAUUGGUCAAUGAAAGAUCAAAACAUUGAUUGCUAUAGAGUGAAGACGGUGAAAACAGAAGUUUUUCUAGAUUAUACUAUUUGGACUUUGGAAAUCACAAAAGACGACAACCCACCACGUCGUGUGACCCACUUCCAGUACACGGCCUGGCCGGAAGACGGGUCUGACCCGUGUAUGUGGAGUUUGGUUGACUUUGAACACAAGGUCUUCAUAAACACACUAGAAACUAUCACACUGGUGCAUUCUGGGUAA